GUGAUGCUCACACUGACCUCUGACCUCUGAUUGGUCAGGGCUGGGAGUGAAACACACCGUAAGAAAAGACUCCAGCUACCAUGUCUGUCCCGGAAGCAUCCCAGCGGUCCACAUCGCCUUCGCCCCUCAAACCCGAGGCAAAACUGAGACCGGAGAUCCCUCCAAAACCGUCACCACAAGCCAGCUCCCCUCCCUCGGGAGACGGAGGCGGCAGCACGAGCCUUUCUGAAGGGAAGGUCAAGAGGAUCGUGAACAAGUUUAGCAAACAGGAGAGUGCGGCGAACGAGCCGGUGGAGCAACUAACCAAUGGUACGGCAGAAGUCACGCUAAGUAAACGGUUCAAAAGGCCGCCUACGGUAAAGCCCAAACCAGGACGCGCCAGUCUGCCGCUCCAGAUAGGAGGAGAGCAGGCACCUCCUCUACCUAAGAAGAGGACCAGGAAGCCAAAAGAGAGCGAACGAGUGGAGGAGGGGGACAGCAUCAGUGUGGAAGGAGGUCGAUCAGCGCCAGAUGGAAAAGAGGUGGAGAUUCAGCUGACUGGAGGAGAUGAAGCGGAGGCGGAGCACAGUCCACAUGUGCCUCUCAGUCCCUGCUGCGACCCGAGCUGCAGCUGCGUGUGCCACCUCCAGUGGCCCGGCAUGAAACUAGUCUGGGUGCCUGUGGACGUGGACGAUGAUGGGGAGGAGGGUAGAGACGAGGACGAGAUGGAUGGGGAAGAGCAGAGGGCGGAGGAUGGGGAGGAUUGGGACGAGGAUGUGGAGGCAGGGGAAGAGGACGGCGAGGUGUGGGACAGGACUAUCGUGGUCGAUGAGAGUGAAGUGCCGCAGCAAAAGAAAAAGUUCCACCAGUCUUUGGAUGUUUUGAUCGCAGAGGGUCACAGGAGACGUUCAGACCCGGGCCCUCACUCCGUUCUCACCCUUGCUGUCAGUCGCUCUCAGUCUCCCCCUGUUCCCCCUAAACUUGCUCAGUCGGCACAGAUCCAACACCUGCCCACCCAAAACGAAGAGGAAAAUAUUUAUGAGGCCACACUUCCAGUGGUCGACCCUAAAAAGACCACAAACGUGAUCAAGGAACUGGAUAUCCCUCUGAUCAAAGUGCGUAAACCGGCCCGUCGGUCUAAGCUGUCCUACAGCACAUCAGACCCGACAUCUGAGUUUCAGGCUAACGCAGAACCCACCUCGAGCCCAACCGACGUGCCGCCCGCCAUCCCGCCAAGGAUGCCCGUGACUCAGGACAGCCGCAGCCUCACUCCGGUGCACCGGGGCGGCAUUCCUCUCCCCCAGCCCACGAUGGAGGAGUGGCGCAACUUGCGGCCCUUGUCCCCCAGCGGCUCCACUGCCAGCGGAUUGAGCCCCCAACACGCCAUCACUCCACCCCCGGCCAGCCCUCACAGACCCCCACCUCCACCGCCAAAGACCGAUCCCAGGAGGCUCAGCAGUGCCUCAGUGCAAUCCCUCACACUGAAAAAAGAAGAAGAGGAGAAUGGAGGGAAUGAAGGAGAGAAAGAGGACGGUGUGGAAGAGCUACGGCCGGUCGGGAGAGGUUCCCUCAGGAAGGAGUCUUCGUUCAGCUGGGAGUCCCGGCUGCAGGAUGAGCCUCUGUACCAGACGUACCGUGCCACCGUCAUCACCAAGGAGAUCCGACGGCAGACAGUUUGCCGUAACAUCAGUAAAACUAGCGCGGACUACGCUAUGGACUGGACAGCCCGUCGCACUGGGACUGGGACUGGGACUGGAAAUGGAGCGCUCAGGAGCAGUCCUAUUCCCACACCGGGUCAGAGCACCCUGUGGCAAGACCUCCCAAAUGUGCGGGAGAGCGGCGUGCUGGAGCAGCUCACCCCUGAGAAGUGCAAGUACCAGGAGAGUAUGUUUGAGGUUUUGACAUCAGAGGCCUCCUACCUUCGAUCCCUGCGAGUUCUGACCGAACACUUCCUGGACAGCCGGGAGCUGGAGGAGACGAUGAUCAUCAGAGAAAAGAAAACCCUCUUCUCCAACAUCCUCAGGGUCCGGGAGGUCAGCGAGAGGUUCCUCAAAGACCUGGAGGACCGCAUAUUUGAAGACCUCGUCUUCCCUGACAUCUGCGACAUAAUCCACUACCACGCCCAGCACAACUUCCCAGCCUACAUCGACUACGUCCGCAACCAGAUCUACCAAGAAAAGACCUACACCUUGCUCAUGAAGAACAACGUGCAGUUUGCUACGGUCAUCACUCGUCUACAAGAGUCGCCUCAAUGCCAGCGGCUGCCCUUCAUGUCCUUCUUGCUGCUGCCCUUCCAGCGAAUAACACGCAUUAAAAUGCUCAUUGAGAACAUCCUGAAGAGAACAAAGGAGAGGACGGCGGAGGAGCAGACGGCCUCCAAGGCUUUGGCUUCGGUGUCAAAGAUCAUUGACGAGUGUAACACACAGGUGGGAAGGAUGAGACAGAUGGAGGAGUUGAUCCACAUCUCUCAAACACUGGAGUUUGACAAGCUCAAGGCCAUCCCGAUCAUCUCCCAAACACGAUAUCUGGAGAAGAAGGGAGAGCUGCAGGAAAUGUCCAAAGGAGGAACUCUCUUCAACAUGAGGGCAAAGUUCACCCCCGUCAACCUCUUCCUCUUCAAUGAUCUACUCAUCAUCGCUGCAAAGAAAGGUGCGGAACGGUUUGUGGUACUCGACCACGCCCAUCGCUCUCUGGUGCAGGUGCAGCCAUUAGACGAAAGUGGGAGCAGCGGCGGCCCCUUGGAGCACUGCUUCAACCUCACCCUGCUGGAAAACCACCAGGGACGCAUGAUGGAGAGGCUGUUUAAAGCUCCCUCCCAGUCGGACAUGCACAGGUGGAUGGCGGCUUUCCCUAACCCGACCAACCCAGACAGAGACGAUGAUGAAGUGAUUUAUGAAGACUGGGAUUGUCCUCAGGUGCAGUGUGUGGAGCCGUACAUUGCCCAGCAGGCCGACGAGCUCACCCUGGAGCCCACUGAGAUCAUCAACGUCAUCCGUAAAACCAACGAGGGCUGCUAUGAAGGCAUCCGCCUGUCCGACGGUCAGAAGGGCUGGUUCCCCGUAGCAAACGUCAUAGAGAUCACCAACGAGCACGUGAGGCGGCGGAACCUCCGAGAGCGCUACAGAGUCAUGCAGGCUGCGAGCAUGGUCGCCAACAGCAAGGCCAGCACACUCCAUUAAGAUCAACACAUCAAGGAUUGUUUACAUUAAAUCAUGUUUAAAAGAACAAAGAUUAUUUAGGGACUUUAUUAGUUAAAGUGCCAGUUUCUAAGAACGAGGAAAUGAAAGAUAAAAGAACGAUCAUGAGACAUAACAGACCUGCAAUCAUCACCUUAUUUAUAUUACUGGAGAACGUGAGUGUGCACAUAAUCAGCUGGGAACUCGAGGUGGAUUUACUACUGACGCUGAAACAAACUAUGUGACUAUCAGAGAUCAGCAUCUUACAGCACUACAGAUGUAGAGUCCACACCUCUUCUUGCGAGCAUGUGGCCUCCCAUUGAUGUCUCCUGAUGCACUGCCGUGAAACCGUAGGUCUGAAAUGCCAAUCAUUCUAGCUAUCGCUCGACCAGAUUGUACAAUUGUCAGAGCUGCUGCAAAGAAACGAGCUGGGUGUUCCUGUAAAUGCCUCCAGUGCGAGCAAGUUCAACCCUCUCUCAUUCCUCCCACGCACAACAACCUGUCCCAAUGUGUCAUCAAGGUGGGCCAGAAUACAAAAAAAAAAAUCAAGUGUUAACAUUUAGAGGAAUUAUCUCACAACGAGACAAAUCUGUAAUAAAAGAAAAUCUAAUCAGGAAGUGCCUUCGAAGAAAGUAAAAACACAUAACUACACACCAAGACUUGGGAUCACAUCAAGCACAAGAGCUUUGAAAAUGCAUGUAAAUGUGGGCUGAGCUGUACUGCCAUUAUGAUGUUUCAGUGGUUGUGCUGUCUACUAGCUUGUUAGCUUGUGUCACUAGCCAUUGUGGAAUAAUACUGUAGCUCCCCCUGCAGCUUGAUGUCAGUGAAGACGGGAUAUUAUUUGUGGAUAAGCUGUAAAUGUACAAUAUGUUGUAAAUAAUGGAUGCAGGGGAUUCCCUCCUUCUAGUAGUGCUUUUAAUAAAAAUGUGUGUCUUUUUAGCUAGGUGUUUGUUUCUCAGUAACAGAGGCUCAACUUUUAAUCCGUUUUUAUUGAACACUGAUGCAGGUUGUAAGUAAAAUUAGGAGGCAAAUGUGCAAUAUUCAGAUCAAAAUUCAAAACAGUGCAAAGAACUCUCAACUAGUUGUUUCCAUAAUAAGAAAGAGGUAGUAAAGGUCCAGUGUGUAACAUUU